AACGGGUCCGGAAACAAAAGUCGUUCGUUUUUCCGGUACCUUUGCUAAGUGCUGCGAGCUUGCCGCUCUCGGAUGCUCUGAUUGUCGGACUGUACUUGAGCUGCACUCGUUGUUCACUCGGUCCCGGAUAAUAAAGCGGGCGAGCAGCUUCCACUCGGAGCCCCCCGCUCCAGCAUCUUCUUCCCUGGUGACUUAACAAGCCUCAGGACCCCAACAUUGGAACACCCCGGUCGCGAGGAUGAACCCCCAGUGUGCCCGCUGCGGGAAGGUUGUUUAUCCGACAGAGAAAGUCAGCUGCCUGGACAAGAACUGGCACAAAGGCUGCUUCCACUGCGAGGUUUGCAAGAUGACCCUCAACAUGAAGAACUACAAAGGUUACGACAAGAAGCCCUACUGCAACGCACAUUAUCCCAAGACAUCCUUCACGACUGUGGCUGAUACGCCGGAGAACCUGCGACUGAGGCAGCAGAGUCAGCUGCAGAGUCAGGUGAAUUACAAGAAAGAUUUUGAGGAGAGCAAAGGUCGAGGCUUCAGCAUCGUGUCCGACACGCCUGAGAUGCAACGACUGAGACGCACGCAGGAACACAUCAGUAACGCGAAGUACCACGAGGACUUUGAGCGCGCCCGCGGUCGAGGUUACACGCCGGGCCUGGAUGAACCCGGCAUGGAGCGCUACCAGCGAGCCAAUCACAUGAUGACAGACCCGGGUCCCAACCAGGUGAUGGACACGGACAGACGACCCGGCGGCAUCAUCGUAGACCUGAAGGUGUGGAGAACAGAUCCAGGCUCCAUUUUUGACUUUGACCCUCUGGAGGAUGACGUCCAGUCCAAGAGCCUCCGCAGGAUGUCUGAGUGGGCUGAGCGCAGGCUGAGCAGGCCUCAGUCGCGGCAGUCUCACAGUUCGCUGACCUCUGACCUCUGGGAGCGCAGCAGCUGCGACACACCGGCCCCGGUUCUUCCCGGAGCGUACCACCAGGGCGUGCACAUGCAGCCGCAGCCUCAGUAUCACGGCUACAUGCAUCAAACCAGCAUGUCGUCGGUCCGUUCCGUCACCUCGCCACCACACUCAUCCGCCAUGCGGGUUUACCGGGCGCUGUACGACUACGCGGCGCAGGACCACGACGAGGUCUCCUUCAGGGACGGUGACGUCAUCGUCAACGCUCAGCCCAUCGACGAGGGUUGGAUGUACGGCACCGUGCAGCGCACCGGAAAGUCCGGAAUGUUGCCUGCCAACUACGUGGAAUGUUGCAACUAGACUCUUAUCUAUCAGAGGGAUACGUGUGUGUUUGGAUGCGUGUAUAUGUAUGUGUGCCUAUAUAUUUUUUUCCCACUCUUCAUUCACAUCACUUGAUCACACAAACAUAUUUUGGAAAGACUGUCUUUGUAUUUUCUAUGAUAGAUUUCACAAAUGCAAUGAAAUUGUGAGUCUUUUGUGAAUUGUUUCAUAGCAGUCGACUGUUUUCUUUGGUUUUGGAUCAUUUGAAUUUAUUACCACGCACUCUUUGAGCUUCGAUUCAACUGUAAUCGCAUGUUAUUUCACUUUAUAACUCACCACCUACUUACUGUAUGUUUUGCUGUGCCUCAUCACACGCAUACACAUGGUCUUACAUGAGAGAAAUAAAACCAUUUGUCAGCACAAAUA